UUUCAUUUUUAAUCUGUUUCAUGUUGUGGCAGACUAUACGUCGUUAGCUAUUCACGUUCAACUAUGGCGCUUAUGGACGUAUGCUUGUCACCUGAGCUGAAGCAAUCAUGUUUUUCUUCUCGAGCUUGGCAAUCCGAGCCGAACACCUGCGCUCCGAGUCAUUACACGUUCGGACUGAACGCAAACGAACUGGCCGUUCCGACUGGAGUAGACCCGGAGCAGUUUCUCGCGCCACUCGCAGAGGGAGAUACGGACAUCAAAAUUGAAUUCCUCCAUGGCACCACCACCUUAGCUUUCAAGUUCCAGCAUGGAGUGAUGGUGGCUGUGGACUCAAGAGCAUCUGCGGGGUCUUACAUAAGCGCAAAAACAUUCAACAAGGUAAUUGAGAUCAACCCUUAUCUCCUUGGGACAAUGUCUGGCAAUGCCGCAGACUGUGUUUACUGGGAGAGAAGACUGGCUAAGGAGUGCAGGAUUUACAAGCUCAGAAACAAGACACGGAUCAGUGUGGCCGCAGCAUCCAAGCUCCUAGCCAACAUGGUGGCUGAAUAUCGUGGCAUGGGCCUCUCCAUGGGCACUAUGGUUUGUGGCUGGGACGAGAGAGGCCCAGGUCUGUAUUACGUGAGCAGCAGUGGCACCAGGUUAGCAGGAGACAUGUUCUCCACAGGCUCAGGGUGUAACUAUGCCUAUGGUGUGAUGGACACAGGGCACAGGUGGGAUCUGAGUGUACCUGAGGCUUACGACUUGGCAGAGAGAGCCAUUUAUCAUGCCACACACCGUGAUGCCUACUCUGGAGGGGUGGUCAACAUGUACCAUAUGAAAAAAGAUGGCUGGAUCAAGGUUUCCCAGAAUGACGUUGGAGAUCUUCAUUAUAAAUAUGUUUCUGAGCGCAAAUAAUAUAGGACGGAGCAGUCACUGAAUAAUGCUACGACAAGCAAGUUUUUUAAACUAGAGACUAGAGAGUUACUAUUAGUACAAACAUGUAGUUGGAUACAGAAAAUGAUCGUAUCUUUAACAGAUAACAUUUUCAUUGCAAUUACUGUCUGUAAUGUGAAAUAAAUCAUUGCAAAAACA